CUUCUGCGAACACUUCCGGGUCGUUGGCCAAGCUCUGCUGUUUGGCCAAGCGCGGCGGCGUAAGAGGUAACUAGGUACGUCCUGCUGCGCUCCCGGCUGUGCUGCUGCUGUUUGUUACGCCGGAGGGAAGCGCCUUACCCACAGUUUUUAGAGAGAAGAGGAUCAAGCAAGAAACAAUAUUAAGAAGGAUGAACCAGUGAGUUUAAGAGAACAACCCAAAAAGUGUGGUCCCAGAAGCUAAGCCAAGAUCUUUUAUCAAAGAAGGAGAGUAAUCACUGUGUCAAAUGCUUAAAUCUGGUGAAUACUGAGAAUUGAGAAUUAACUCUGGCAAAGCCAUUGAUGACCAUCGGGAUCUGUGUCAUUUGAGUACUGGAGGUAAAAGCCUAUGAGGGGACAUCAAUGCAAGACUGAGUGAGAAAAACAGUUUUUUCCUCCUAAACCAUGGCAUAUCAAUUAUAUAGAAAUACUACUUUGGGAAACAGUCUUCAGGAAAGCCUUGAUGAGCUCAUACAGUCUCAACAGAUCACCCCCCAACUUGCCCUUCAAGUUCUACUUCAGUUUGAUAAGGCUAUAAAUGCAGCAUUGGCUCAGAGGGUCAGGAACAGAGUGAAUUUCAGGGGCUCUCUAAAUACGUACAGAUUCUGCGAUAAUGUGUGGACUUUUGUAUUGAAUGAUGUUGAAUUCAGAGAGGUCACAGAACUUAUUAAAGUGGAUAAAGUGAAAAUUGUAGCCUGUGAUGGUAAAAAUACUGGCUCCAAUACUACAGAAUGAAUAGAAAAAUGGCUUUUUUAUGCCAUCCUCUGUUGUUAUUCAUCGCUUUUUAAAGAGAAGCAUAGAAGAGACUUUAUUUAUUCUAGCAUUGCAGAGAUGACUACACUGUGCUAUACUAUCAGAGAAUCCAGUAGAAGGAAGCUUAUAACUCUAUAGCCUCUUACCUUUAUUAUACAGCAUGAAGAAACAGAACUUUUUUUUAAUAACAAAUCAAACGUCAAUACCUACCUAAUAACAUUCUUUAAUAAACUUAUUUUAAAACUCAA